AUGUCUGAACAACCACCACAAGCGCUACCCAGCGAACCUGACCGUCAAUUCCGUCAGGUUUGCGAUGUCUGUGGAGAGAUUGAAGACCGUGAAGACCAUCUGUACAUCCAACGUCCCAAGUCUCUCCCCAACGAAGUCCUCUUCAUCGCCAUCAUCUGCUCCUCGCAGCUUCUCACUCAAGCCGGCCUGGCCCUUAGCAUAGUCCCUCAACACAUCAUCGGACGCUCCUUUGGCAUCGACGACCAGCCUGGCAAGCUGAGCUGGUUCUCCUCUGGCUACUCGCUCACCGUCGGCACCUUCAUCCUCAUCGCAGGCCGCUUCGGUGAUGUCUUUGGGCACAAGCCUUUCUUCGUCGGCGGCUAUGUCUGGUUUGCCCUGUGGUCAUGUCUCGCUGGGGUCGCUGUGUAUAGCGGCCCUACCUUCUUCAUCGUUUGCCGGACGAUGCAGGGACUAGGCCCAGCGUUCCUACUGCCCAACGCCAUCGCCAUUGUCAGUCGCUGCUACGAGCCAGGCCUGCGUCAGAACAUGAUCUUCUGCCUGUUCGGUGCCACUGCUCCUGGCGGCUUCUUGCUUGGUGCUGUCUUCUCCAGCCUGCUUUCCCAGAGACUCUGGUGGCCGUGGUCGUAUUGGGUCCUGUCCUUUGCGUGCCUCGGGCUGGCUGUCUUGGGCUUCGUCGCCAUUCCUGCAACCCCAGCCCCGAUAUCCCCAGAGUCCGAAGGCUCCAGUGUCUGGAGUCGUAUCGAUGUCGCAGGCUCCAUCACCGGUGUGGCCGCCCUCGUCCUGUUCAACUUUGCCUGGAACCAGGGCCCCGUGGUCGGCUGGACGACGCCGUAUACCUACUUCACCAUGGUCAUCGGCAUCCUCGUCUUUGUCAUUUUUGUUUUACUCGAGAAGAGAGCAAGUCAUCCGCUGAUCCCCUUCGGCAUCCUGCGCAUCGACUCCCUCUUCACCCUGGCCUGCAUCAGCGCCGGCUGGUCCAGCUUCGGCAUCUUCGUCUUCUACACACUGAACCUCCUGGAGGUCAUCAGGGAGCAGACGCCGCUUCUCACAUCUGCACAGAUGUCACCCAUCGCCGUAAGCGGGCUAUUUGCUGCGGGCGCCACGGGCCUGCUUCUGCACAACUUCCGUGCGUCGACGGUGAUGCUGAUCUCCAUGGCCUUCUUCCUCGCGGGGGGUGUCAUCUUCGCGACGAUGCCCGUGGACCAGAUCUACUGGGCGCAGACGUUCGUGGGGAUCGUUGUGCUUCCCUGGGGCAUGGACUCGUCGUUUCCCGCUGCCACGAUUAUUCUGAAUCGAGCCAUGCCGCGCGAGCAUCAGGGUCUGGCCGCAUCGCUGGUGACUACGUUUGUCAACUAUUCCAUUUCCAUUGGGCUUGGGUUUGCAGGCACUGUCGAGAGCCAGGUCAAUGAGCAAGGGACGAAUGUUUUGCGGGGCUACCGGGGGGCCUUUUACAUGGGUGUUGGUCUCGCUGGGAUAGGCGUGUUUGUUGCCUUGCUUUUUUGUUUUGCGGAGCGGUUUAAUAUCAGGAUAGAACGGGUGCCGGAAAAGAGGGAUUCGCAGGAAACGUUGGUUUAG